CUGUCAGCUCCUCUGGCACCGGCUUACACCAGUCUCGGAGAGAAGUAUGUCGUUUUCGUCUGUAUUUACAUGUGCGGAAUAUCUGAUGCAUCACGUGCCAGCGAAGAAUGCGAAGAACCACCAACUAUAAAUCGCGAUGGAUUGAACUUCGAAGAUAUAACGACCUUCUUCACAUUCAGUGGCCUUCCAAACUAUAUACCAAACCAUGCCGAGUCUUUCGACAGUGUUCCAGAACGCUACAUCGAUAAUUCCACCAGCCAUUAUUUCGGCCCCAGAACAUGCCACAAGCCAUUCGUAGCUGCAGAGGGACGUCUGUUGCGCCAUCGCCGUAGAGCAAACACGAUCAACAACAUAGCCGCAUGUAGUUGGGCAUAUAUAAAGAACACUGAUGAAAACAGAAUACCAAAAGUCCUUUUGGAGACCAAGUGUUUGUGUCCCGAUCCAGGACUUGAAAAUUCUGUUUGCGCAGAAGUGGUCCAUCAAGUUAAAGUUUUACGUAGGGUUGGUUGUGAAAAUGGUCAAUACGUGUAUGCGACCAUUAAUGAAAAUAUAAACGUCGCGUGUGUGGCAGUGAGACUCCCUACAGGUGAACUCACUGGAAGCGACCACGAAAGAAUGAUUGAGUAACGAGAAUGAUUCGUCCAGACUAAGAUCAGAUGUUAUCAGAUGGACCUGUACUUUAUUGGAAUAUGUUGGUGACUUUUACCGCUGUGUCGUCUUUCAGACUUUACAAGAAUAUUUAUAUAGCGUUUACUAGUCAUGUAUGGUAUAUCUGUAUGUUUAAAAAUGGAAAUGUAAUUAUCUUGAUAUGAUUGGAAUAAAGUGUGUUUUGAAUGGAGACGUGGUUCAUUUGUUGUUGUUUUAAAUAGAAAACUAUUAACAAUGGAAACAAACAUACAGCGCCAAUCUAAAGAAUAACAGCCUAAAACAUUAUCGGUUUCGCUUUGGGUAUUUCAUGUAUAAUAUGUUUGAGUUUAUACUUCAUUUAGGUUAUUGUUCAAAUUAGCAUUGUCAUUGCUUACUUAAAGGAAGUGAAUUGGCAAAACUACAAACACAUAAUGAUCCAAUAAGGAUUACAUAAUUAGGCACCAAACUACUAUAUAAACAACGUAUAGAUCUGAACAACGUGACUUAAAAUCAACUUACUGGUUUAUUAAUAUUAAAAUCUAAUCAUAGAGCAAAACAAUGUACAUUUUCCUGUGUGAUUUAAUCUUAGUUUUACUUUGGACAUAUGCAAGCAUAGUUUUAUCAUGUAGAGAACCUGAAGCAUUACCACGAGUAAAUGAGAUACCGUUUGCAUUUCAUGAUUCGUUUUGGCUGCUUCCAUCAUUAAAUGAUACAAUAUAUCAAUAUAGAACAACUAGUACUGCAAGAAGAACAAGAGCUCAAAACAUGUAUCUGUUCGGAAACAAACACUGCAAGUUUGAAGAAGAAACGGAUCUACUUGAUGGAAUUUUGACUAACCGAACUCGUAUAUUCGAAAUGUGCCCAUACCACUAUCAACUAAAUUACAAAAAGACUCGUAUUCCGCAGAUUUUA